AUGGGGAUUACCAUGAUGAAAUCAGCGAGUUUCUUUACUCCUACCUGUUUUCUCCCCCUUCAAAUGAAAAAGAAACAACCACCAGAUAUUGGAACUGGAAGAUCACAGCAUGAGAGGGAUGGAGUGGAUAUCGAUAUGAUCGCUUGCAUUAAUGGAGAGUUGGCAGAAGAACUGCAUCACAUCGCCCUUACGGAUGUCCCUACGGAUGUCACUACGGAUGGGGAAAUUUCAGACAACGAUAGCUGUGAUGCCGACGAUCAACUUCCAGUCCUUGAAUACGCAGAAGAGUUAUUCGAAUUCUACCUGAAGAUUGAGGUCAAAAGCUGUGUAGACAUUAAUUACAUGUCUUACCAACAUCACAUCGAUGAAGACAUGAGAGCUUCGGUCAUUAACUCCCUGAUAAAGGUCCAUUACAGCUUUGAGGACUUGGGAGAUGAGACACUUUAUUUGGCAGUUAACAUUCUUGAUAGAUUUUUGGAAAAAAGGGCAAUUCGACGAGACAGGUUUCAGCUUUUGGGAAUUGCAGCCCUUCUCGUUGCUUGGAAAUAUGAGGAAGAUAUCGUAGGUCCUGAUGUGAACGACUUACUUGACUUAUCUGGCCAAGCUUAUACCCGUGAUGACAUCUUUAAAAUGGAAAAAUUGAUAUUGGAAACGUUGGAAUAUGAACUUACCGUGCCAACUCCUUGUGUUUACGUGAAAAGAUUUCUCGAGGCAGCUGAGUCUGAUAAAAUGCCAAGGAUGGAGGUGCUUUCCUAUUUCAUCCUAGAGCUUUCUCUACUUGAGUACGAAAUGCUCAAGUUCAAACCUUCCAUGCUUGCUGCCGCUGCAAUAUACACUGCACAAUGUACUCUUCGAGGGAUCAAGUAUUGGACUAAAUCCUGUGAGAUGCACACUAAAUAUUCAGAAUACCAACUCUUGUGA